AAGAGAACCAGCAAGCAGGGGGAGGGGGAGGGGGAGGGCAACAUGGAGGGCGUGUGCGAAAUCUACUUAGCAAUCUGGAAUCAAAUUGUUGGAAUCACGUUGAAAGUGAAUUCAAGUUAAUGCAAUCAAGUUAAUGAAAUCAAGUUAGCAAUGAAAUCAGGUUAGUGGGUAAUAGAGUCAGGCUGUGCGUACUAACUUGCGCGCCUCAUCUAUCCACUGCAAAGAUGUCUGGUUCUGGACGGUUGCAACAUUUGUCAUGCAAGUUGUCUGCCACGACGACGACCCACAGCCUCUGCAUGUGAGCGCUGCAUCUUUUUCGAUAUUCAUUUAUAUAGGUUGGUAAGAGAGGGAAUCAGACCGAACAGAUGGAAUCAGACUAGUGCAUGGAAUCAGACUAGAUGCGGAAUCAGUUUAGUGGAAUCAGAAUAGUGAAUAGAAUCAAGACACUUGAUGCAGACUUAUGCGCUGAAUCUGCAUCCCCAUCCGUCGUCGAAUGAAUGUGGUCGGUCAUUGCGUUCUCUGUCGUAUGCAUUGGGCAUGUUGAUGAUGCCCCCCUGCAGGCAUCGCUGUGGCCCAUCGCUUUCUCGUCACUUCAUCUGUUGGCAGUGCGUGUUCGCUGCUGCGCUUCUAUUUCAGGCGGGACUUGGCUUGCGUGCUCUGUAUGUCUGCGCAUCAGGCCACAUCUAGACGGAGGGGGGGCAAGGUUUUCAUAGUAUAUCUCGCAUAGAAAUUGUUUUCGGCGAUCCGUGGUGGUCAGCCCGGGCCAACUUCUAUCACAGGCUCCGGAUCAUUGUCGGCGCACUCGCUUCCUCAUUCUCGCGACGGCACGACUGGCAGACCGCGCGCGUGUCAUGGUUGGAUGACGGGGGCGGGCCCUAGCAGGUACUACAUGCAGAUGCCUUGUUUUUGGUUUCAGAUGCCAUUGCUUUCUUUUUUGGUCAGGCGUCCGGGCCCGGGCCAUGUCAGCCGGUAAAGCUUUGGCAAUAUUCCGGCAAUUUUUUUCAAAUGCCUAGGGGCGCCGCCGGCUUUCCGUCGUUAUGUGUGCCGGGUCCUUUGGCCGUGGGUGCCGGUUUUGCCCCCGCCCCCGGCCGUGGUCUUUCCCAGUUUCUGGUCGUGCUCGUGGGCGCCUUGGCCGUGGCCAGUUAUUUUCGGGCUGUUCGAUGUUGGGUUUCGUGUAUUUCGGGGCGUGGUGGUGUGAGGCGUGAUGGUUCGGCUGCCCGUCGUUUUUGUUUUGUGGUUGAAAACCUCUCUCAUAUUCCGACCCGCAAGCCCUGCGCUCGUGUCGCCUCGUCAUGCAAUUCUGUCGGAUCUGUCCUGAAAGGUCCGACAGAAUUGCAUGGCGGGACGAAAUGGUCGCCAUCUUCGUUUUACUCAAAACAGCCCGAAACCGGCAUGAACUGCAGCAAAAGCUGCAACUCAUGCUGCAACUCAUCGUGCAAUUUUCGGCCGAACACCGUCCCGACCAUUUUUGAAAAGCUGCAAUUGGCGCUGCAGUUGGCCGUGCAAUUUUCACGCAAUUUCAGGUCCAGGUCCGAAAACAAAGCAAAUGGCUUGGUUUUCGUACCCCCCCCUGAAAUUGCAGCUUUUUUGCGCACUCAAUUGCAGCGUCAGUUGCAGCUUUCCGAGAGUGGUGUGGGACAGUGUUCGGGACACUUUUUGCACAGUGAGUUGCGCACUUUUUGCACACAAGUUGCACACUCUCCUGGGAUAUUGUCAAAAGUUGGGGGGCGAAAGUGAUGCUGCAUGUGGCGCGCCCGCGCCUGUUUCCUGGGGUUUCUUUCAGAAGCGUGCCGCCCAUAGCUGGUUGGAAAAAUGCGCGCAGGGUGGUGAUGUCGCGCAUACCCCCGAUUGCCCCCCGCCGGUCUCCGGGGGUUGUCUGCAAAAGAUGUCUCCGCCCCAGGCGCAAGGCCCGGCCGCAAGGCGGUGUUGCGAUGAAGAUGCCCGCCUGCGCCGGAUGGGUGUGUUGUGAGUGCCCGCGGGGCGCGUCGAUCUGCGCAGCGGGGGGGCCUCUUUAGUCUAUGUCUAGGCCCGCCAGGGUGCUGGUGUGCCUGUGUGUUGGCUCCUCACCUCUAGAAAGACGCCUGGGCCGCGUGAAAAAUAAAACCCACCAGGGAAGGCAACAGCACUCCUACGCAGGCGCGGCCAUAAAAACUGCAGCGCCUGCCUUGGCGCAAAAAAAACAUGGCAAAUCCCGACGGUAUGCUGCGAAUUUCUUGAGGGAUUAGAACAGCGCUGAAGAUCACCUAUUUCGUGUCUACACAGCGUGGCUGAUCUGCUCGGCGAUACAGAAAAAAUAAAGCUACGCCCGAGCUAGAGAUACACCUACGGCGUGCCUCUCGUGCGGGCCCGAGCAAAAUGCUGUCGGUUGGGCCCUCCCGCCGCCGCCUGCGCUCUUCUCCCUACGGGAUCGGGCCCCAGUGGGGACAAAAUAAAAAAAAUGAUGUGCGUGUUUUUUUAAAAGGCCGCGGCCGUUUUUUUUCUUUGGAUUUUUCAAAGAAAAAAAAAACUUGCGCGCCUCUUACAUGGCGCGCGCGAAAGGCCCCGGCCUCUUCAGUGUGUGUCCAGGGGAUUGGCGUGACUUUUGGGCUUGCGCCGUCUUGGUUGCCGAUAGGACGCAAACCCUCGGGAGCCGCCGGCCUUUGGGGUGGUGUCUGCCGUUCGCAUCGGGGGAAUAUUUGUGGCCCUUGACCGCUGGCGCGGAGUGAGAGGGACGAACGCAAGGACGUUUUUGUCGUAAAAGCAGCACCUCCCGGCGCCGGAGGCUUCGAGGUGCACGCAGAUCAUGACUCCGAAAUCUGUGGGCAUCUAUCUUCGAAGCCCGCGGCGACGGGGCGCGCUUUUUUUACGACAAAAAAUUCCACAAUUUACGACAAAAAAUCUAAAAAAAUUUAAAAAAAUCAAAAAAAAUUGCGUCGCAAGAAAAACCUUAGGGGUCUGCGCUACCUUGGGGAAUUCUGCCAUUUUUCGUCCCGCCCUUGUCAUUUUUCUGACACGGACUUGACAUGGAUUCCGGAUUAUUUGUCGUAAGAUUUCGCCGUCAAGAUUCCGUUCUGAAAAAUGUGGGUGGGACAUUGUGUCUUGUCUUCGGUGGAGCCUGAUGAUGAAGGUCUUCUUGGUGUCUUGCAAGAACCUCGCGUGUGUCCUCCCAGAGGCCGGGGCCCGAUCGGCGGGAGGGUUGGUUUCUCACUUGCGUGGCGACACACCCGCGGCCCACCUCGGAGCCACGGAAGGGGCCGGCGGUUGGUCUUGGGCGCGCCUACCAUUUCCUCAUUCCGUUUUUUGCCCCUGAUAUUCCUCGGACGCCGGCGUGGUGCAUGGCCGCGACAUAGUUGGCCGAUGGGCGUGCGCGCCUUCGCUUUUGCCUCACCCCCUUUUCGUUUUUGCCAAUUUUUUUUUUUCCGCUUUUUUCCAAACUUAAAAAUCACGGCUAUUAUUUUUUAUUUUAUGGGCCCACUGGGGCCCGAUCCCGUUGACUUCUCCCUCCGGGCGUCGUUCCAGCGUCCUCCGCUCAGUAGCCCGCGCCUACCUGUGCAGGCGAGCAGCGUCUUCAUCUAGCUACUCCAGUAGUCCCCACGUCCCACCACCGCGGCCGACGCAGCAAGGCAAGCGCUUCUGGGGUUUCAAGCUCGUAGUGUAGGGCUCAGAUUUUGACUUCUUCGAACCAUGGGAGUGCCGCGGGAUUCUUCGAGGGGAGUGUGGGCAAACCAUGGGAGUGUGGGAAAGCCAUCCGAUCUCCUGGGAAAACCAUGGGAGGUGGGAAAGCCAUGGGAUUGGCGUGGGAAUUCUUCGAACAGGGCGGGGAGCGUUUUAGCCCCCGCGGCCGCAGCAAAACCAUAGGCGGGCGCGCGGAUUCGUCCUUCCGGGUGGUUCCGCGGGGCCGGUGCUAGCUGGGGCGACUAAAGCAGCAAAGCCAGCUCGCUGCUUUUUGGUAUGGGUCUGGUUUCUUUUCUCUCGGACAAUCCUCCAGAGUCAGGAGCGCUAUCCCUUCCAGCUUCUGGGGACACAUGGUGGCGACGGGUGUCAUGAGCAGCAUACAUCACCCGAAAAGAGCCCGGCCAUCAAGCACUCCUGUUGUCCCGUCCGAAAGGAUGACGAGGGGAACUGCGGCCGCACUAAAUUGAUCGGCUACAUUGGGUGCCCGAGUAGCGUGAUGGACUAUGAGCCGGCUGCGAAAGCUUUUCUUGAGCUUUGCCGCACGCGGUACGGCGCGCGCGGACCCUUCCCGGAGCAUUGGGGCUGAUGUCUGGGAUGGCACCAAGUCCGUGAGUGAGAAAAUGUUGGGCCGGCUCUACACGCCCGCAAAGGGGCUGGGGUUUUUACGGAGAGCGAAGGCUCGGAGGCCGAAGGCGAGAAGGAGGGGAGGCAGCCUGCUCCACCGCCUCGCGUACUUAGAUAGACUCGGGGGAGCGACCGCGCUUGGUGCGCGACCUGUGUCAUCGUGUGAGAAAUACGACACCAGCGAAAGUGCCAGGGAGGAAGAGGAUUUCAGAGGGCAUGGAGGUGCUUGCCAUACUGUGCGGGCAAAUGCUUACGCAGCCAGCUCGCGACGGACCUCGGGCGCUGAUGGACAGGCUCAAGGCAAAAGCCGAGCGCCAUCGUCGGGAUAUCGCCACGAACAUCGUCGACCGCCUGGCCGACGGCCGGGGGGGUUCGUUUCUAUUGGACUUCGUCGGGCAGCUGGUACGGAGAUGGUUCCUGUUUGUUCAAGAAUCAGCCUGCCCGGAGACGCUGGGGAGUUCCUGUCUUUUCACGAAGUAGCUCCCAGACGAUGCAUAGGGCGGGCCACUUUUUGACUUUUCAUUCAUUGCAGUGAGUAGGUAUGUAGCCCGCGCGCGUCGUUUCUUGAUAUUCUGAGGAAAGGGAACAGGUGUUGGCUGUCCAGCAGGCCCCUUGGCAUUCCUUCCAGCAGCCACCCAGAAUGAAGCAUCGAGCGUGGUUGGAAAGACGACCAAGGCGGAAAGACCAGCGAGCGGCUUUCUGCAGAUGUGUCGCAGCGAGGGUCUCGGUGUCCUGGGGAAAAACGCCCCCGCCCCAGAAUCAAUCCGCUCGCUGCGAGGGGGUCCGCGGCGCCAGUGGCGCUGGGGUGAUAGUUGUGCCGACUACGUGACGAUGAUGAUGGUGAUGCGUGAAGGUUUGUAGUCCGCAUCCCAGGACGAGCACGAAGCGCGCCUCGUCGCGUUUCGGCCCCUAUAGUGCUGUAAUAAACAGGGGAAGAGGUGGAUGGCUUUGGUGUGCGGCUGUCCUUGCGAACCAGCAGGCACAGCACUGACUUACUUUUCUCCGCGGGGCAGCUGAGUGGGGCAGCGGGGUUCCUGGGCCAUGAGCUAGCAAGCGGGGGCGUGCUACGAUCGGCUCUGCCACCGUUUGCCAUUGCCAUCAGAUCGACCACCUUUGCAGGGAAUCGCAAAUGAGGGAGUCCUGCGGUCGGCUCGUUCCUCUUUGGGCCUCCCGCCGGCGAAAUGCAAGAACAGGAGCCCUCCUGUCGGCUCUUCUUAGUAUUGCAGUUCCCGCGCGCGUAUUUGUGAGCAUGUCCUUGUCUGGAAGAUCGACUGGUUGGGGUUUGAGCUUGCUCUGCAGCGCGUCCUUCCAUGUCGGCGCACGAAGCGACGUCGUAUGUAGUGAGGUCGCGCGCGUUGGUUCUGUCCUGGCGCUUUUUUUGCCCGUCAGACAGCAAAACGGCCGGCAGUUAUCAAGCGGCCGGAAGUGUUUUUUGACAUAAAAGGUCACCAAUUAUCAAGCCGCCGGGGCUUUGCCAUCAAACAAGCACGGGCCAACUCUAUCGAUUACCGCUUGACAAAACGACGCAAGGGAGCCGGCAAGCAAGGGGGCCGGCAAAAGGGGGGCCCCUCUGAGGCGCCCACCGCCUUGGUUUCUGGUGGCUUGGGGCGCUCAAAAAGGGGCGCCGACAAAAGUCCAAUAAUACAACAACCGCGAACCCGCAUGCUAUUGGCACCAUUUUGGCCCACUUUUCGAGGUCGCAAAGCCGGCCACCAAAGUCGGGCAUCUGUAAGGCGGGGAGCGGGCCAAACGCUGCGACUUUUCAACAAAAAAAACCAAAAAACGCGAACGCCGCCAAAAGCCGAAAGCCAAUCCGCAUGUUGUGGCCCCCUUUAGGGGGCCAAUAGUGCCGGCCCCGGCGGAGGCCCUAGGGCGGCCAUAGCGUGUGGGAAAGCGUUGCUUCUCUGGAGGCAGCAGGGGCGCGGCUUUUCCACAAAAAAAACCAACAAACGCAAAUGCCGCCAAAAGCAGCAGGCUUUCAAUCCGCCUGCUAGGGGCCCGAUUUGGGGCGCCCAAGGGGCCGACCCUGGCGGGGACCCGAGCGGGGCCACGGCAUGCGGGGAAGGCCUUCGGGCUUUGCAGACAGGAAGCGGGCGACUUGUAGCCGUGAUAUCUACCGCCCCCGACACCAUGCGGGGCAACGCUUUGGAGGGCGGCAGUAAAAAAAGCCACUGCGGCCUUACUAUCUACCCCCGCGGGCGCGGCUAUUAUUGGUGUCUAUUAUCUAUGGCCCUCAGUCGCACUCGCAGCGCGUCGCGCGGAAUCCCCUUGAUGCAUAUAGUCCCGCGCCGAUUUCUUUUCCCUCGUGCCGAUUUCUCUUCCCUGGCUGCGCGUCAAAAAAUGGCUGCGCUGCGCAAGCUUUCAGCUGCCAGACAUAUUUGUAGUGGUGGUCGGGGAUGUUGGUGGAGCUCCACCGCCAAAGUUUUCAGGAGGCAGGAAAGCGCGCGGAGGAGUAUCCGAUCCAUCUACCAGGUCGCCGGGCUACGUACGUUGGUGUGGGCGCCGAUUUCAGCUGCAGCGGCACCAUAGUGCUACGUAGCGCAUACCCACCGAACUCAACCUCGAGAGUAUUUGGCUCUGUUGUUGGUUUCUCGUGCGCCAGGGCCUCCCUUCUGUCGUAGUAUAGAAAUCAAUGCGGGAGUAUACGUGGCCCGCUCGGCUUUGUUUUUCUUUUUGUGCCGAGUUCGGGCGCUGCAGGUUACUUCCACAGCGGGAGUGGGUUCCGCGGAAGGUAGUAGCUAGACCACCUGACUUAUCUAGUUAGCCCAGCCCUUAAGGCAGAACGAAGACGGGGAGCAGCGCGGGCGUUUGCUAUCCAUUCGAGUGCGUAGCUAGCAUGGCGCUCCAGCGACUUUGAGGACUUUGGCGCAAUAUAAUUCAAUGCACUUACUGACGUCACAGGUUGCGCCCGAGCUCGGCGCGCUAUCGCUCUGCGACUUGCAAUACGGUGGGCCGGCGAUUGGCGUCAUGGAUGCGCGCGCGCAAGAAGGCCUCGGUGGCCGCGGCGUUAAGCACAUAACGCGCUAUGUGGGCAAGCGGGCAUUUGGGCAGUGGGCGGGGCUGCCAUCUUAUCUUGGCUAAAAACGUACCCACCCCAGCCGCGGCAUCACAAUCAUGCAGAGGAAGUGCCAAGUGAAGGCCCAGACACCUGGCGCGGGCCUGUCCGAGAGAGACACAAUUCCCGCUCUCGUUUUUGUAUGUGUGCGUGUAGUUGUAGAAACCCUUACUCUUUUAAGCGCCAGCAUUGUCAUCAGCACAGGCGGAUGGGUAUGGGCUCGCGAUCUGGAUGCAUGCAGGCUCACUUGUCAUGCAGAUAUCUGAGCUACGAAAUGAGGUGGCUAGGUUUUUGUUUAAGAUUGAUACGUGCUCCACGCAUGACAUGGGACAGUGAGCAACGCGAUUGGGUUUGGAUGGUUGCGAGCAAUUUGGCGACAGCGACAGCGCGAUCUGCAAACGUGAUUCCGCAAACUUGAUUUCAAAUCUAAACGUGAUCCCAUAAACGUGAUCCGACGAUAAACGUGAUUCCAUUAACUUGAUUCCAAACGCAAACGUGAUUUCAGAUUUUGGCUAACUUGAUAUGGGAGAUUUCCGAACACAAGUGCACGCAUACCGAUGUUUCUGCUGCCUCGUGUGGCAACGAGGCGGCCGGGUUUAACUGGUGGCGGUAGGCACAGAAAAGGACCCAUCCCCAUCCAAUUUGUGAUUGCAAAGCAUGCAUAUUCCAUUAAAUCCUGUGUCUGUGAUGCAAAAAAUGGAUGGGGAUCGUGGAUUUUGUUCUGUGGAUAGGGAUGUCGGAUUUCCUGGAGGGCGCCGGCAGUACGUCAGUCGCCUUCGUCUUUUCAACCGCGGUGGUGAUGCAACUUUAUUCAAGCGGCUGAACAACGGGACCGUGUGGCUGGAUCCGCCCAUUACCGUGGACGAAGAAGAUCCGAGCAACUACGGCGACAUCGGCAGAGAGCUGUGGGCCCUGCUGGACGGCGGAACGCUGGUCGCGGGGAAAGACUAUGUCCAGUUCGGGACUGUGGCCACUGGGGAGGAGGGCGGCACUUCGAUCUUCCUGGACGGCGCGGGCAUCGCGACAAAGCAGCCAGUGCGCCGCCUCUAUGUGGCCGCACCGUUUGACCGUGUCCCCACUCCCGGUUCCGCUUACUCUUGCAAUAACGAUCCAAUCCACAUUUGUGGAGCCCUGCUGUACGCUCCUGCGUGGAGCCUGGAUGAGUCGACAAGCUAUCUACAGCACGCCUGGCACCUCCCGCCCCAGUCGUUCCGCCUUGUCCCGCGGACGAUGCUCGAGGCCUCGGCUUCGUCCCUAUUGAAUCCCGGGGAUGCCAGCGAACGUAGUCCUCUGAAUCGAAAGCUGGGCCACGUGGAUAGUUGCCAAGGAUCCUUAGUCACGGCCACUACCAGUCUGGGGCAGUGGUGGGAAGUGAGCUUCAAGGACGGGCAACCCCGGCCCAUCAUGGGCUUCGUUGCGUUCAAGCAGACCCAGAGCAACUACGAUAACAACAUUGACGACGCGCCGAUCUACCUCAAUGGCACACUAAGAAGUGCCAUUCGCAAUAUGCCCACCCUGCCUCAUUGGAACGCCCGAGGUGUUCCAGACUUCCACGACGCGGGCACGUGGGUGUCCAUUGGCCAGGACGCUUCAAAAAUUCGCAUAUCCGACCCGGCUACCGCGAGGGCUAGCGGACUGAACGGCAUCACGCUCUGUGGGUUUUGGUUGUUCCAAAGCUGUGUGGGGGCAACGUCUUCGGACGCCAACAACUAUCGGCUCGAGAGACUAGCAGACCAGGGCGACCCGGCGGUGCGUCAGAGUUUUGCCUGCACAGAAGAACUCGGGCGGGCUUUCUCAGAGUAUGACUACCUACCAGGGGUGAAUGGGGAGGACGGAACUCUACCGGGGAACUGGCCCUGGAGGGAGUGCGUCCAGUGGUGCGCGCAGGAGCCGAAGUGCGGGGGCGUCGACUACGAGUUGGAUGGCUGCUCCUACUCCCCAGCUCGCGGAAUGUGCCGUCCCCGUAGAAGCGCCAGCACGCGCGCAGCGCUGGAUCCCACCGCGGAUGUCGCGCGGGACGCACGGGUUGCCCUGGUCAUGACGGACGGCUGCCGUAGGAGUCUCAUGCCCGCACGUCCGCUCCGCUUCGUCAGUAAGACCGACUUGACCACGUUUUUGCUGAACAAUAAAGGUGGCUAUCACCUUACCAGCACACCCCGCAUCGACCGCUCUGCCAACGCGGAGUACGGCUCGUGCGCGGCGGCCAGUUCGGGCCUGUAUGACGCUUCGGGCCCAGACAACCCCGACUACUCCUCGCGGGGCUUCUGCAAUCGAUACAGCCACGGAGAAACCAGCACCGAUAUCCUGCAGCUCGAGGUGCAGUCCACGGACACCGCGGGCAACGAUGUCAGUGGUAUGUACGUCGCGGGGGUGGUAUCAACUGCAAAUAUGUCUUGCUCGUCUAGAAGGGUUGAACUUGUGAUGCUGUCUUUGGAUGCUAAACCUUAGAAAUUAAUGUUGCAUGAUCAGCAAGAGGAGACCAGUACUAGUUUGUUCCACGCGGAGAGGCCGUUUGUCAUGCGGAAUAGGCAGCAGAAAGUCCGGAAAAAUUAUCUGUGAAGAUGCUGGCUCAUGCAUUACAGGCAUCAUGGUUGAUGCAGAAUAUGUAUGACAAACGCAAACCUGGCAAUCUCCCAGACCCAGACAUAUUAAUUUGCAAUGCAUAGUUGGUCCUGCAGAUGCGGGCGGGGGACACCAACAGGGGAGUGUCGCGCGUGUACGUGCAGUACCUACCAAAGGGCAAUCCGCAAAUGGGCGUCUAUGUCCCGGGAUGCACGCGCAGCGAUCCGAGGGGCUCGGCCGUGUGUUUGCACGGCUGGCGGGAGGUGGACAAAGGCGCCUUCCUGGAAACCGGGAUGGACUGCCGCUCCGGAGAGGAGCAGUCGGCCCGUGUCCUCUACUUCGGGGAGCCCGUGUUGGCCAGCUCGAUUCGGAUCAUUGGGAAGAGCCCGGGCCUGUCACCCUGCGACACCGCAAAUGUCGCCUACCGCGCGGAGCUGAUUCUUCGCGCCCACGACGGCGUGCGGCAGGUGGGGCGGCGCUUGGAAGCGGGAGACGGAAACCUGAAGAUACCGGGGGACUUGUCCGUCUUCCCACCUGACUACGACGCUUGUCUGCAGUGGUGCGUGGACCAUCCGACCUGCGUGGCGAUCUCGUUUUACGAACAUUACAAGUGUCAGCCCUUCAAGGCUCUGGGGAAGUACCAGGGGCUGGAGACACGUUUCAGCAGCGUAGUCACCUUCGUCUCGCACAAGUAUCGGGUCAAGGAGCACGGCAUGCGGCUCUUCUACAAUCUGGGGACUCCAGGGUACCCCAUGUGCCCUCCGGAGCUGCUAUCCCACAGAGAGCUAGAAUAUUAUCUCACAUUUGUUCGUAAAAAUAAAUGUGAACUCACAGUUGUAGUUGAAAAAUUUCCCAUAGGGUAUCCGUGUGUUUGCUGCUGCAUAUCCAAAUAGUAUGCUAGUGUGCUAGCUCCUUUCUGUGCGAUAGCCGCUUGGUUUGCCAAUAGCGGACGAGGAUCAUUGCGAAGAAGCGAUACAUAUCCUCACAAAAAACGUCCCCACCGAGAUUUGUAUCAGUAGCUGGAACACCUACACCAACACUUGUAAUGCGCAUCCCCAUGAGAGGGAGAGGGAGAGGUAUCUCUCUGGUCGUGCUUCGUUUGGCAUUCUUUGUAAUCGCUGUUGUAACUAAAACUACAGGAACAGGAUAAGCAGUGACCCGCACCUUGCUGUCCGUGCUAACCUGCACUACGAUGCUCACAGAUAGAAACUGUUGAUGCGUCACUUCCAACACUUCUGGCUCUGUGUUGCGAAAUUCCUAUCGUGACUAUGUCGAGGGGGCGGCUUUCCACAGGAUAGUACACUUUAUCCAAUACCUCCGGGUGGAGCAGCGGAAAGGUCAAGCCCGUCGCUAUCAACAGGAAAAAUCCGCCCUCCCCAUAUCAAAGUGGCAAUGAAUCUGUGUUGCGGGAUUUGUCUACACAAAUCAGCUUUGUCUUUCAGUAGAGGACUGCAGGCAGAUGCAGAGCCUAGAAGGGGCAGGCUAGACGUGGGCGCUCAGCUGCAUGGCAGACGUCUCGUCUGCCCUGUAGUUGGCGCAAAAGCAUUACCAAUCGCCUGCGUCAAGCGGCCGACGCUCUGGCUUUGCUCUCCUGCAAGACAAACCAACCUGACUUGUGGCCACAAAUCAGCAUCACAAAUUUUCAAAAGGAUGCCUGUUCGAUAUGGGGAGGGGGGAUUUUUCCUCACAAUAGUCGCUCCGAUGUGCUGGGUCACUUCGCUUACCAGCAGCCGCUCUCUUCCAACCCGGAAGGACCGGGGCCCAGCGCCUCGUGCAGGGACGCAGCAGGGGGCUGGAGUGAAGUUCCGUUCGGUUGCAGCGUGUCCAGAAAACCAGUGAAUGUCGGGCGGCCACACUUCCGGGGUGGCACCCACACGGGCGGCGCACCCACUAAUGAGAUGUUUCUGGAUCCGCGCUUAUCAAAAUGAAAAAUCCCCCCUCCCCAUACUAAAACGGAGACUUGUGUAGCAUGAUUGGUGACCACAAAUCAUGUCGUCACGCUAGAAGGCAAAAGAUGCGGACUGUUGUGCUGGCUGGCGUGGGAACGCCUUGCAUCUUCAGCAUAAAAACAGGAGGCACCUGGAAGUGGGAAACAGCAUGACAAACUGCCUGCAAUUCAGGCCGCAACUGCGUCUCGUGGCCUUCUAGGAAUACAAGUCGAUUUGUAUCCGCAAAUCCAGCAUCAGAAAUUUCCUUUCCGAUAUGGGGAGGGGGGAUUUUUCCUCGCAAUAGCGCUGCCACCGCCUGCCUUAUCAGGUGCUGUGUGUAAAGCGCGUGUACGUUGAUUACUCCCUGUACCGAGUGCGAACCCUAUCAAAAGGAAAAAUGCCCCUACCCCAUAUUGAAACGGCGAUUUGUGUAGGAUGAUUUGUGACAACAAGUCAUGUUGUCAUGCUAGAAGGCAAAAGAAGCGGACUGCAGUGCUGGGUGGCGUAGGGAAGCUUUGCGUCCUCAGCAUGACACCAGGAAGCAACUGGAAUAAAUGGGAAACAGCUUGACAAACCGCCUGCAAUUAAGGCCGCACCUGCGUCUCUUGGCCUUCUAGCAAUACAAGCCGUACGCAAAUGCAGCAUCUAAGGACUGACCCCUAGCAAUACAAGCCGUAUUGGUUGAGGACUGACCCCUUCGUUCUAAGUGCCGUCAGCCAUGGUAUCCGCAAAUGCAGCAUCACAAACGUCUUUUUCAAUAUGGGUCGGGGGAAAAAUUUUUCUUCGCAAUAAACCAAAAUAACCGGGGAGCCCGUCCGUUGUUACCGUGGUGCGGAGCGUGAGCAGCGCAUCAGCAAGAUUGAGUGCAAGGAGGUCGGCUUGGGCAUGGCGUUGACGGCGCCUCUAUUCUUGCCGUACUUGCGCGACCCAUACCAAGGCGACCCACACGGUCUCGGUGGGCGAGAGCAUUUUAAAUGGGGAGCUGCAAUGGAAGAGGGGGACUCAACUUCUGCCGGUUGCCAAACCGGGAGCUCAGGAUGGUGCAGUGUCCCCGCCGGAUGCUCAUUGUCGGACACCAGUG